AUACCGGAAUUUUAGCUAGAGGUCAUCCACAGUUUCCCCCAAGACUUGCCGGCUGACUAUACAGUGAGGAGAUUUUAACAUUUUAUAGGUGAAUAGGAAUAGGAUUAUCAACUUGAACAUAUCACUUUAACUUGCUCACUACUAUAUUCUGAAGAACUAAUUGAAAAAAGAAAUGGAAGCUCAAAAACUCAUCGUUUUAUCACUCGGCAAAAUGUAUGCUUCGCGCCAAAAACGUACAGGGGUAAACUUACACAAAAACUUACUAGUCUCAACUGUUUUGGUUAAGGCUAGGUCUCAAUAUGUAACGGAUAUGGAAAGAACAGAAGACGACAGUAAGCCAGAAGAUGAUGAUGAAGAUGAUACUGCUGAAGACCACGUUGUACCUGACCAAACUCCGUCUUUCGAUAUGGAAAACACAAUAGUAGACUUAGAAAAUACUUCGCAAGAAACAGUUGAAGAAGAAACUGACACUACAACCACACUCACAUGCGCCAGAGUCUGUAAACGACGACUUACAUCAGAAGAAGAAGAAGAAUAUCAAACACCUCCCUCAAAAAGACAGAAAAAUGUUGAAAGUUAUUUGGAACCCAUGCAGACUGAACCAGUUCAUAUUAGUUCUCUAGUCAAUGAUUUUAACCACGGAUUUACUGGACUGUUAACUUCAGACUUGUCGUGUUCGACAUCUGUUAAAGGCCAAUCGUCCUUUGCUACAUCAGUUUCGUCGGCGUUAAUCGCCUUGACAGUUUAG